AGGACCCCCCUAUUUCUUGCGAAAAAUAAUUAUUUCAGAAUUGGCCAUUUUUUGCGGUGAGUAUUGGUAUAAUUACCCCCAUAACAAGCCCUACCCCAGACUACCAACAUGUAAGAAAAAUUUAGAGGGUCAAUAUUCAUCAAGACAAAGCCGGGUGGCUUCUGUUUGGUGCGUGAAGAGAAUGUCCUCACGCCCAACUUAUAGGGCGCAACAAGACGAAAUCGGUUCCUUGGACGACCUAGACCAGCUAGAGCGUAGCGUCGCAGCGCAGCUGAGCAACCUCGGGCUCAACGAUGCCAGCGCGCUGCUCAGUGAAGCUGACAAGGCGCUGCUCAAGAGCUUGGACCACAGCGCGGAGGCUGCGGCACGAGGACCAGCACAUGUUGGAGGUCCAGACGACGAACUGCACGGUUUGUUGCAAACGGACGACGCCGACCUCGCAGCCCAAGUCGCAGCGCUGAGCGACGAGGAGAACGAGCUGGAAAGGGAACUGCUUGCAGAGAUCAAUGACGGCAAGGACGAGGUUACUGGUUGUACUGGGCGGGAGAUGAACAGCACCAGUGAUCAUGGGCAGCCAACAUCUACUUCGCUACAACAACGUGCCCCGAGCCCGACGCCGAGCGGGAGCGCCGUCGGCGAGAAUAUUAAGCAGAGGAACAAGCUCCGCACGACCGAGGGGGAAAAGUUUUCCCAAGAUGUUCUUGCUGGUGAGAAUAACAAAUCAAGAUCUUCUGCUACGCCGUCGAGUAAGAAAGGUGAACGACUGCUCCCGCAAGAAAGCUCCGCCGAUGCGGAUCACGACCAGGCUCUGCAGGAGUUACUUGCCGGUGACGACGAUGACGACGCCUACGGGGAAUUCAGUUUCGCAGAGGUCGAGAUGCACGCGUGUUGCGACAAUCUGGAAAGCUUCGACGUGCUCCAUUGGUGGCUGGCAGAGCUGAGGAGGAGAAAAGAUAAAGAAAUAAAGCAAGGAGGAACUUCUACUACAACUAGCUUUCCUUACGCGCACCUGCUGGACCGGGAGAUGCAGGCGCAGGAGAUCGAACAGACUGAGCAAAAAAUCGCCAGUCUCACUUUUGAGAUCCAAAACGGCCUUCUGCUGAAAGACGACUACGCUGAAAAAGUGAAAAAGGCGAUGCAGAAGGACGAGAAGUUGCGAGUCUGGUUUGCCGAACACAACCGAGAAACUGACGCUGCGAUCUGCGCCGAGAGGAUCCGGAUCGCGAAAGCCGAGUUUGAAGCUGCGGAGCCCGUUGAGCUAGAGGUCCUGCAGAAAUUCGAGGCGGAACUCAACCAGCGCAUUCUCGGCUACAAACAGGGCGCCUUUCGCUGGGUCAAGUUUUGCAAGGCAUACUGUCAACACGCAGCGCCUUCGACGUCGGUUACUGCUGGCGCUUCGACGGGGGGCGUCGUGGGGGCCACCAGUAGCAGUCGGAUCAACAUAUCACCAGUAGUGGUGCAAGAUGGGUCGUCGUGCGGUGCAAGAACACCUGCGGGAGCUGCAGCAGCAGCACCACAAGAAGCACGGGCGGUGUACAUGAGACACGCAAAGUGGUUGGCGGAGCAAGUGAAAAUUUUAGAGGGGUACAGAGACGAGAUCGCGGUCGUUACGGCAGCAGCACAAAAGGGUGGCGCUGGCGCGAUAGGUGAAAUUGUCCUCGAUGAACAAGCAGGCGGCGCGGAGCAGGAAAAAGACGACGAGCCUCCCUGUUGUAUAGGCCGACGGCAGCUGGAAGACAUGCGGAAAAGCCUGCCGCCGACGUUCAACAAGUCUAUUCUCAUGUACGGGUUGAAAGGACAGCACGACCAGCAUUCGCGGCGGGUGGGGCGUUCUGUUCGUGAUGUGCAGGAACUGCAGGCAGAGCCUGUUCCUGCCAGUAAAUCUACACGGCCAGCAACACAGCAGUCAUCUUCAUCUACCUCUAGCUGUAAAAGAAGUUCUUGUUCGUCUAUGGAGGUGCAGCGUCGCGGCGUCGCUUUCUACUGGCGAGACAAGUUCCGAGAGCAAGAGGAGUUGUUUCGGCAACUUUCCCGAGAAGCUCUCGUUACGGCGAACACGCUCAGUGCCAAUUUGCAGCAGUUGGCGAAAUUUGAAUCCAGCAAGGGGGCUUUGUUGUCGGGCGGGGGUCUGACAAACAGACAGAGUGCAGCAGCUCCGGGUGGGGGCGCUGUUCUUGGUGGUCGUGUAUCUUCUUCGGGAGCUGCUGGCAUGCCGAUUAGCGGGGCCGCUGCAACUUCUACGACAGCUUCUACUUCAUCGAGCAAUAAUCACGUGCUUUCGCAGCAGGAAAUCCUCCUCGACCAGCGGCAGAAGCUGGAUCGGCUGAAGCGCGAGGCGGUGCUGUUGCACCAAAAGCGAAAGGAGUUUGCGCAGACGGCUUUGUGGUUCGAAAAAGCAGCGGAGGAUGACGAGCAAGUUGUGAUUGAUCCAGAUGAUAGUGGUGCAGCUGCUGUCGUGUCAGACGAAGAAGAUCAUGACGACGGCGAAAUUGUGCCUUCCACAUCGCGACCAAUUUUGAUAGAAGAAGAGGCAAAUGAAAAAGAAAGUUCGUCAUCUGUACUAGACAUCAAGAAGGCGACAUCCAAGUCGAAAGAUCGACAUUCUGCCGCAUCACGAAUGGGCCCCGUGAGCCUCUCGUCAACGUCGUCGGGAGGUGGAAAUGCAACAGGACCACGUCCCCGAGAAGAGCGGAAACCUGCAUCACCGCGACAGCCACAAACACCGACAAAGAUGACAGUACCGUCUUUCCUGCAAGUUUCUACCCUGGCGCACGAGAAGGAAAAAAUCAACGCUGACAUCGAACCCGACCACUUGGAAAUUACGCUUUCGCACGACGGUAUCAAAUGUAAAAAUGUCUGGGUCUGGAAGCUUGUGAUGCUGGGUGGCGUAUCAUGAACAGGCCACAAGUGCUGGCUCAGCAUGAAAAUAAGCUUUUGAGCUUCUAGGUGUUGCCUAUUCUGCAUGACAAACUACGUUUGUAAGACUAACCCGUCAAGGCCACACCGAAAUUCCACCUUGCUCGCGGGCUUGGAUGGUAAGGGGGUUCUGCCACACAUAGCGCCCACUGGCCGUAAAUGCGCGUAAGAAAUCGAUAGCGGUUCUGCGGUUGCGGUCGGGUGAUAGUUAGGAACUGGAUCGGGUAUCCACCUAGGGGUAUCGGCAGAGGCUAAAUCUGUUCUAACGCCCAGGUAUUGGCAGAGGCUAAAUCUGUUCUAACGCCAACCCGCCAGGAGUCAAAUGGUUACUACUACUACUACUACUUGCAUGACAGUAAAAUGGGGCUCUUGGGAAACGUGCAUGACAGAUUUAAGAGUCAUGCCAGACUAGCACGACAGAGCUCGCAUUCUUCCAGACCCAGACAUUUUUACAGUUGAUAGACGGCAAGUCCCGGCCGUGGUGGGACUGGGAAACGGCCUAUUUCAAGCUCGACUUCGGCCUCGGCAAGGAGGACACGGACCAGCGGAUUUUGAAGAUGGAAGGCAAAACCAACCACUGGAAGGCCUCGUUUCCGUUCCCAGAUUUCGGCCACAAAAUUUCUUCAUCUUCGACGGCGGCAGCUUCAACAAGUCGUGUGGGCGAAACCAAAGCAUCCGCUGGUGGUGGCGCUUCGUCCUCGAGAAGUAGAGCGAUGAACAUCGCAAAUAGUAAAAACGCGACUCUUGGUAAUUCUGCGGUUCCUUCGAGUAAGUUCCAGCCAGGCGGAAGGUCCUUGACGCAGAUGAAAAGUAGCGGCACAAGAACCGCAGGUCCGGCAGGUGGCGGUGCGACAACUGCUGGAACAACGACAGGAGGAACAACAGAUCAAGAUCGUCCACAACAUUCCCAAAACUACAGUAUCCACUUGCAGCACAAGAUUAAGCGCGCCCGCUUCAGCUUCGAGAUCUGGCGGCCGCGGACCCUCGCCUUCGUGAUGGGCCACCGCCCGAUCGGCCACUGCACGAAGGGACUGAAGCUGUCCAACCUGUUGACGGAAUUGGAGACACCAGUUGAGUUCUGCGUCGUGUCCGCGGAGGCAGACGAUCGCACAACCAGCAUGAACUUCCGCGUGCAGUUCCGCGUGCGGAGCCCGUUGCAAUGCAUGAAGUUGGUCGAAGAAAAAGUGGACUUCUACCACGUAGGCACCAGCUGCUCGUCCGGCGCGGCUUUGUCUUGUUCAGCAGGAGGGGGUGGGGGGAGUUCUAUGUUCCACAUGAAAUUGUUCCCCCCCAGUCUGAAGGAGUUCCCUCCACCCAUGAACAUUAGCGUCGGGGCGGUUCCCGUGGGCAGCAGGUCAAGUAGUAGCUCAAUCGCAGCGAUGAAAACCGCGGCGGUGGUUGGGAACACCAGUGAAGAUUUGGACGAAAGCAUCGUCGUUGUCAAGGAGCGCAGGAGGACAUCGAGCAUUGAAAAUGUUAAUAUCCCAGAGGUGGACCACCAGCAGUUUGAAGAUCUUCGAGGUUGUGCUGCUGGCCCUGCUGCAGCAGUUGGAACAGGUGGGGGGCCUUCAUCUCGUGCUCCUACAAUUUCUACAAGCGACAAAAGUUGUACUAGAACUUCUCCGCAUGUAGAAGACGACGUACGGAAAUCUCACCCGCAAGGAGGUGUUGGCGGUGUUGGUGCUAGUAGUGGUGUUGACGACCAGCAAUCCACUGCGGCAUCCAGUACAUCCUCGAAAGAAAUAGCGACAGCGCCAGGAGGAGAACAUCUACAGCACGAUGUCGAUCCAGCGAAGGAGAAAACCACAACUGGCGAUCAACGCGACGUCGAAAGAACCUCUUCUACAAGUGCGGCGGAUGUCAUCGUAAACAAGCCCCUAGUGUACCCCUUGCCGCCGCUGCCACUGGCAAACAAAGCCGCGUUUGAGAGAUUGGUAACAGAAAACGGGAAUUACAGCCGUUUCUGGUCCGCACAGUGGUGCAAUACGGUGGAAGGCUUGGACUUCAUGAUCACACUCGGCAGCAGCUCUUCCGGCGGUAUUGGUAGUUCAUCUUUGCCACAGCCUUUGUUGACUCAAAUCCGGAACGACAAGCCGGUGUACGAGCAGAAAAAACACAGGCUGGAGCAAGCGAUUACAAACGCAGAGGUGGACUUUGACGACUACCUGUCGCAGGUAAAACAGGACAUGCAGACGGACGCGCGGCUGGCCAUGUUCUACCGUGACGAAAAAAACGACGCGGUGGCCUGCAAAAUCGUGGUAUCUACUGCAAAUAUGUACUGGAGUCUGGGAGGUUGUCUUGAAGCAUGCAUCGAGAUUGGUGUCGCACAUCACAAUCACUACAAACGGAACUCGCCGUGCCAGAUAUGCCUUGCGCAGUCACUCGCACCGUAAUUUUUUUUGCAUAAAUUACGUGCGGCGCUGCGUUUUGGAAAUUUUGAUUUUCCAAGAACUUUACAUGAGCAUGACAAAUGACAGCUGCUGUAAUAGGCUCCUCCAGGCCCAGAUCGAUGUUUGCAGUUGAUAAGUGUUUGACCGCCACAAAUGUCUCAAGCAGGCGCUUGCAAAUGCGGAAGAGGAGUAGUAGCGAGGAGAAGUUAAGACUGAGCUGAAUCGGAGGCAGACAUAGAAGAUUUCGCCAAAGUAUUCACGAGGCUACGCAGCUAGAAGAGCUAGGCUUCGCUGUGACAUUUGAAGUCCGCGACCGCAAAAACAGACUGUAGGACACUUUCCAUGUCUAAAGACGACUCUGUACUGUAUGUCAGUAAGUACUCAUACAUAAUUUCCCGCCGUGAAUCAAAGAACUAGAGAAGCACAAGAAGCGACACAAUUGAUUGACAUCAUCCCAGAUGUUAGAGACGACAGAUAUGAAGAUAAACAAAGUUUUUUAUCGCGAUCAAAAUAGUGAUCACAGCCGUGCGUGG